AUGAGCGCCGAGGCGGAGGACGCGCCGCUGCUGGUGGGCGGCGGCGCCCAGCGCCGGCCUCCGUCCCCGCGCCGCAGCAGCAGCGCCCCCGACGAGGCCGCGCUGGAGCUGGAGCUGGGGCGUCUGCACGCGCAGCUGGCGCAGGAUGCGCGUCCCAAGCCGCAGCAGACGCAGCGAGUCAAGGAGAUGCGGUCCGAGAGCGGCGCGUCGUCCGCCGUCUCCGCCGCGAGGAGCGUCAAGGCGGCCGAGCGGAUCUCGGUGGCGGUGGUGGUGGUGCACCUGCUCAAGGGCAACAUCGGACCGGGGGCGAUGUCGCUGCCCAACGGCUUCUCCAAGACGGGCGUCUACGCGGGUCCAGUGCUGUUCGUCGUUGUGGCGCUUGUAUCCGUGUACAACAUGGAGCUGCUGCUGCGCUGCAAGCACCUGGUGAGUCCAAGAGCGCCCAUGUCCUUCGGAGACGUUGGAAGGGAGAUCCUGGGUCCCAAGGGGAAGAUGUUCAUCGACGUGUUCCUAGUGGGCACGCAACUCGGCAUCUGCUGCGUUUACUUCACUUUUGUGGCGACCAACAUCCACGUCGUUCUCCCUGAAAGUCUCCAGGACGCUAUCAAUGAGCGGCAACUCAUCUUCGCCAUAUUUCCUGUGCUUCUCAUGCUCUCCUGGGUGCGUACGCUACGCCGCAUCACGCCGUUCUCUGGACUCGCCAACUUUGCAGUGCUGUCGGGCAUCGCCAUCGUCUUUUACUACUCCAUCGACUAUUGGAAGCACCCGAAGAUUCAGCCGCGACAGAGCCCUCUGCUUGCAGACUGGAGUCAAUUACCCGAGUUCUACGGCACGGCGGUGUACUCUUUCGAGGGCAUCGGUCUCGUGCUGCCCAUUCAAAACGCAAUGGCUGAGCCCGAGAGGUUCUCGCGAGUGCUGGCAAUCUGCAUGCUGUCCAUCCUGGUGCUUUUCCUUUUCAUCGGAGAGGUGCCAACUAUCGCCUUCGGCCGAAUCGACAAUGGUAGCAUGACGGCCGUACUGCACGACUACUGCGAGGGCUGGCUUGUCACGAUGGCAAACGUAGCGCUAGCCUUUGCGUGCACGCUCUCCUUCCCCAUCCAGUUUUACCCUGCGAUCGACGUGCUGGAGCGGAUGCUGCGGCAUAAGUCUCUGAUGCGGCCAGCACCACCGGCGGAGCCUGCGCGCGUGGCAUUGGAAGCGCGCCGGCGCCGCAAGGCCAAAAAGAAACAGCAGUACCGCUCGUUGCAUGGACUUGAAGGCGGUCUGGACUACGACUGUGACGGCCAGGCCGACGACCACGACGUUAUCCUAUCUGCCAGCACCAGCAACAAGAGUCGGCCACUAUCGCUCUACUCGCUACAAACGAUGCGGCAGUCCUUCUCCCCUAUCGCUUCUCUAGCCACGGUAGCGGCUGCAGCUAGCAUGUCUUCAUCUCGGUCGUCGGUUGGCUGUCUGGAGAGAUUGGUCUGCAAUUUAUCACCGUACGAAUGCAAUCGCACGCUGUUUCGCUCCAUGCUGUGCACGAGCCUCAUGGUCAUUGCGGUCUGCGUUCCUGACGUGGGUCUUCUCAUCAGCCUCUUCGGAUCCGUGGGCUCGAGCAUGCUAGCGAUUGUGCUGCCACCCGUGCUCUACAUCGUGGCCUCGGGCUCCACACUCUCACUACCCUCGCGUGUAUUCCACUGGGGGAUCGUUGUCUUCGGCAUCGUUGGGAUGAUCGCUGGCACCGUGCAGGCCAUGCGCCAGGUCAUAGCCUCCUUCAACUGA